CCCCUUAGUGUGCGCACUGGGCCUUUUUGCGGCUCCCGGCCCGAGCUGAUCAGCCGUUCUCCCGGGCUCGAACCCCAGCAGCCUCUCUCCCUCUGGAGCUAGAAAGCAACCCCUUUCUGUUUCGUCCCUUCCCCCUGAACCCCAGGGCGCUUGGGACGCGCGACCCUCUCUCGGAAGAGGGCAGGGAAGGGGCGCGAUUUGGGAGCGGGGAGGAGGGCAUCUGCAGAAAGGACACAGCUGCAGAUCGGUAGCUGGAGUCCGCUACGGAUAAAGGCUCACUGAUGGCUCAGUUGGGAGCAGUUGUGGCUGUGGCUUCCAGUUUCUUUUGUGCGUCUCUUUUCUCAGCUGUGCACAAGAUAGAAGAGGGACAUAUUGGGGUGUAUUACAGAGGCGGUGCCCUACUGACUUCCACCAGUGGCCCUGGUUUCCAUCUCAUGCUCCCUUUCAUCACAUCAUAUAAGUCUGUGCAGACCACACUGCAGACAGAUGAGGUGAAGAACGUGCCUUGCGGGACUAGUGGUGGUGUAAUGAUCUACUUUGACAGAAUUGAAGUGGUGAACUUCUUGGUCCCAAACGCAGUGUAUGACAUAGUGAAGAACUACACUGCUGACUACGACAAGGCCCUCAUCUUCAACAAGAUCCACCACGAACUGAACCAGUUCUGCAGCGUGCAUACGCUUCAGGAGGUCUACAUCGAGCUCUUUGAUCAGAUUGAUGAAAAUCUCAAGCUGGCUUUGCAACAGGACCUGACCUCCAUGGCCCCCGGGCUCGUCAUCCAAGCUGUGCGGGUGACAAAGCCCAAUAUACCCGAGGCGAUCCGCAGAAACUACGAGUUGAUGGAAAGCGAGAAGACAAAGCUGCUCAUUGCAGCCCAGAAACAGAAGGUGGUGGAGAAGGAAGCUGAGACAGAGCGCAAGAAGGCCCUGAUCGAGGCAGAAAAAGUGGCUCAGGUGGCAGAAAUCACCUAUGGGCAGAAGGUGAUGGAGAAGGAGACCGAGAAAAAGAUUUCGGAAAUUGAAGAUGCUGCCUUUCUGGCCCGGGAGAAGGCAAAGGCUGAUGCCGAGUGCUACACCGCUAUGAAAAUCGCUGAAGCAAACAAGCUGAAGCUGACCCCUGAGUAUUUGCAGCUGAUGAAGUACAAAGCCAUUGCUUCCAACAGCAAGAUUUACUUUGGCAAAGACAUCCCGAACAUGUUCAUGGACUCCGCAGGCGGUCUGGGCAAGCAGUUCGAGGGGCUAGCUGACAAGCUGAGUUUCGAUGAUGACCCCUUGGAAGCAGACCCUGAGGAGAAUUGAAAUUUUUGUAUACGACCUCAAAUGACACUUAAAAGAGAUCUUUAUUUUUGAAUGAUGAACCAGGAUGCUCCUCCCUCCCACAUUACCUGCCUUGACUCUCUCCCACAUUCAGUGGUGAAAAAAAAGAAGAAAUGGAUUUAAAUAGAUCCCCUCCCUGGGAAGGACGGGAAGGGGUUGAUGAUUUGGGGUUUUAUUCAGGUAAGUGGGUCAGAUGACUUCUGUUAAGACUGGGAAACCAUGGCUUUGACCUUUGCCCUCUAGACACUAAUUUUAGCCCUUUGAAGCAGAUUUAAGGAGGGACUCAGUCAUUACAGAGUGGGAGAAACAUAGGGUGUUGCCUCCAGGUGAUCUGAUUUCCCUUAUUUGGGAAAACGGGGUCCAGUUUUCUCGCCCCUGCCUCCAAGGUGGGAGACACCUGGGGGUGAGGUCCAGCAGCUGAGCAAAUGUGUGCUUUUGAGUUUGCCAGCAGAGCUGUGGGGGGACAGCUGCAGGGGAUGUUGGGCUUUGCUGGCAUUUCUCUCGGGGCGUCUGUGAGUCACGUUGGCACGCUUUUCCGGAGUCCUCUUAAGGAAGAACCUGAGCUGUCGGCUCUGCAGACCUUUCUGUCCACUGCCCUCCUUGCCCCAAGGCUCAAAGAGCGGUGGUUUCCAACUACAUUCCAGAGUCAGGCUUUGGGCACCACCACACGCUUCUUUUUAAAACUUUUCACGUGUUCUGUGAUUUGGUUUUUUCCUCUCACGUCUGUUCAUUGAUUCCACUCGGCAUCAGGAAGACAGGAACAAACAACCCAAGUGUCUUAAUAGCUGCUGACGUGGGGUCGUCAUCUCUCUCAGCCACCGUGGCACCUGCUUGGCAAACUGCGUAUGUUCCUUGAGAUCACGUGUCUUUUCUAUUGUGGGGAUUCUACCUUGAAGAGCUCCUGUGGGGGAGGAGGACGGUCCCCUGGAAGAUCUCCUAGUCAUAAUGCUUCUAGCUUGUGCUGGCAUUAGUCUGAUGCAGCGAUAAAAAGGGAGCCCAUUCUCUAAGUAGCACGUGUUUUUAAAUCUAGGUCACUGACAGCCACACAGGGGUCAGACUGAGUGCUAAAUCUCCAGAGACAGUGAUGGGGGUACAUGCCCGAGGCCCUGCCCCGGCCCCUGGGUUGGAAGGGCUGCAUCAAAAUCUGUUCAAAUGUUUGAGUUUGGUUUUAGUUUUGUUUUUGUUUUUCCAUUUCUAAGUAGGAAAAAUUUGAGUCACUCUGGGAGAUUUGAGAUGGAGGAGAACAAACAUGAAAGAAAGGUUUUCUUCUAUCCUGAAACGGGGGGUGGGGUGGCGUUCAGCUUAUGUAGCCCACGAGUCGUGCACCAGAUUGUUAGGUUGUCUCGAGUUAACUUGCAAACACGUUGGUAUUCUCCAUGACAAGCUCUGGUUGAGGAUUCAGCCUUGCUAUUAGCCUCCCCCCCUCCCCCCGCCACCAAAGAAACUACCACUGUACCCCCUCAGCGAUACUAUGAAUGAUACUUUCUGGCACGGAUCCCCACUUCAUUUUUUAUCCCAUGCCCAGACCUGGUUUAUCGAACGGCCCCAAAAUUCAGGCCAGCUUGCUCCCAAGUAGCACUAGGCUUGUCUAGGGUCCUGGGAACAAUCAGCCUGCUUAGGUAGAAACAAAAUGUGAACUCCUCUGAAAUGCUGCCCUUCUCUGUUCUUAUCUCUGGGACUUAGAAUUUUCAAACCACCGGUCCUGGUCACACUUUGUGCAAGCAACCACAUGUUUGUGGGAAUGAUGGGUUUUAACGUGCUCACAGGCACUUGCAGAAGACAGACAGUCUCCCGAGGCCAACAGGGUAACCGUCAUUAAGAUAUACUCACCCUCCUCCAUUUCGGUGCCAUUGAUCCCUUGUUAGGAGCAGCAGGACACAUGACAUCCAGCAUCCCCAGUUUUCAUAUUUGUCAGCUCCCCCUACCCUGAGACUUGCCGCCUCGGCCUCAGAAAACGCUACCUUAACAGAACCCAAGGCAAGGAUGUCUCAGCCUCUGAACAGUACGUUUGCUCAGGUUCUUAACUUGAAAAUCUCCCUAAUACCAACAUUCUGUGAUAGUUUGUCCCUUGCACUAGAUACACUUUAACCACAACAGAGCCUCAGUAAAGUCUGCUGCACCUGCCCCCCUCACUGCUAAUGUUGCUUCCUCUUUAACCACAAAGUAUAAAUGUUGCAGUAGCCCUCGGUUCAAAUUCAACGGUUAUCUAUAACCUGCCUAAAUGGUGAAAUCAUGGAGGUCAGCGGUUUCCUCAGCAUGGGACUAACCAGUCUGUCUGUGCGACUUUGUUUCUUUAACACUCACUAGAAAAUCCGAUCUUAAAACAUUUGAGUUCUAAACAUGUAAAAUGUGACAGCCUACAAUUUUGUAGGCAGCAAAGUCAUGGCUGCUAUUUAUAAAUGGAACUUCUAUCAAAAUAAGUAACUGUUUAUAAAAUUCAGUUUUUGUAGGAUUUUCCAAGGAAAAGUCACCUUGGCUGAAUGUUUCUCACUAAACUUUACAGAAGUGGUUCAUAUUCGGUACUGUUUUUAAUCACUUUUUUAAUAUAAGGACAGAAUAUUUGCAAGGAAGCCAAAGUUUGUUAAUAAUUUUUAUAAGACUAAAAUAACAUAAAUCUGAAGGUAACUGUGGUCAUAUUCAGUUGAAGGAGGAAAAAAAUUGACAAAUGUAGCACUAUAUUGAUCCAAAAAAAGUUGUUUUAUACAUGAUCUGUUGUAAUUUCUAUGGGUAUGUGUAUCUUUCAGCAUUGAUAACUUUGCCAUUUACAGAGAGUAAGUAGUGAAAGUAAGAUCACCGUAUUUACUGACUUCUCUAAGUUUGAUUGAAGAUAAACCUCCCUCAGUUGAAAAUAAACCUGUAUCUUGGCUAGUGGCUGCUCUGUGUCCAUGAACUUAACCUCUACUUUAGUGCUCAGUAGGAUUCUAGCCACGGUUGCUAUUGCUUCCUUAGAAAAGAGUUAAUAGCCAAUCAGUUUGUGUUUGUAUUUCCAUUUCUGUGUAAGCUGGUAAUUGAAUAGUCAAACAAACUCUACUUUGAAAGAGCCCCAACAGUUUAAUGACCCCCUUUGUAAAUGAGAAAUGAUUCUUGUUAUAUUAAUAACUCUAUAAAUUAUAUGCUGGAUUAAUUGCCUUAGGUUGAUAGCUGGAGGAAUUGUUUUAGACAACACUAAAGGUGUGAAUUUAUAUCUGAGUUUUAUUUUCAGUCUUGCUAAAUAAAACAAGUCUUUGUAUUUA